AUGACCUCAAUAUACCUGCUCAAACCCUUCAUCCUCCUUUUAAACAAGUCCUGCUCAACAACAACUUAUAUCCCACUGGUGCAGGUGCUCAGACUCCAGCCUCUGUGCGUCAAGUCUCUGACGGGGCACGAAGUGAUCAAAGUGGCCGCAGGCUCGCACCACUCGCUGGCUCUCACUGCUCAGUGUCAGGUGUACUCGUGGGGAAGUAACAUGUGUGGACAGCUUGGCCAUGUCAACAGUCCCGUCACCGUGCCGCAACAGGCCAAGCUGUCCGAGGGUCUCGGUGUCUGGGACCUGUCAGCCGGUCAGAGCCACUCCCUUCUCCUGGCCGAUGGUGACUGUGUGCAGCCCGUUCUGCUGUACUGCGGUCAGCAGUUAGAGCCUCUGUCGUCGCAGAGCAAGCAGAGCCGAAGCUCCUGCCAGAGGUCCCCCAUCAGUGCAGGGAGUUACACCGUCAGACCCGCGCUGCUGCCCUUCUGCGUCGAGAUGGGUUACAUCAGCAGUGUGUGCAGCGGUGGUCAGAUGUGCGCAGUACUGGCAGACCACAACGUGAUGGGGUUUAUCUCGGCCAUCCAUGAGCUGGGCUCCAGAGAGAGACAGUUCUACUGCUGGUUGAGCGACGUCAGGAAGCUCCUCCUCACGCCGCUGCGCAACAGAGAGAGCAUGUGUCCGGCGUUGCGUGAACCGUGCAGCCAUCUCUUCUUCUCACUUUGCGAGAGUUUUGCUCACCUGACCACUCUGGUUGGUCGCCAUGCCGCAUCACUCAACUACUUCCUGCAAGACGCUCGUGCCCGGGAUGUCACAUCCCUGCCCUUGGUGACACACACAGAAUAUUUCCUGGACACGUAUAAAAAGUAUUGUUCUGCAGUCGGCGACUUCCAAGUGAUGGGUGGAUUCCAGUCGCUUCAUAAACUCUCACUUGAGUUCUUGUCCGGCCAGCAGGCCGCGCUCUCCCAGCUGCGUGCGUCACACCAGUCCGUCAGCGGGGACAUUGAUCUGGUGUCGCUGUUGUACUGGCCCCUGCAGCAGCUCCACCACUACAACCGACUGCUGCUCAAACUGGAGGCCUGCUACGACGUGUUAACUAUCGAGUAUCAGUUGCUCCAUCAGGGUUGUAGUCAGUAUGAGGCUCUGUCUCUGUCUCUACUGAAAAAGAAGAAGGAGGCAGAAGCCACCUUCCUCUUCUGGAGAACCCACUCUGGCAAAGCUACCGAGGUCCUGCGCCUCUCGCAGCGGCGCGUGGUGUGUGAAAGCAGCAACAGAUCUCUGACUCCACAGAACGCUGGCCGGUUCUCCAAUCACUGGUUCAUACUGUUCAACGAUGUGCUGGUUCACACACAGGGUACCAUUCCCUCUCAAAGCUUCUUCUCCACACAUCACGUCUAUCCUCUGACCUGUUUGUGGGUGAGACCGGUUUCCGAAGACGGCAGCGGCCUCUACGCCAUCAAAAUAACUUGUCCAGAGGAGAGUUUCACCCUGGUGGCCUCAACGCCACAAGAAAAGAACAAGUGGCUCCGAUCUCUUAACCAGGCGGUGGAUCAGGUGCUGGGUGGUGGAGGUCAGGGGUCAUCACCGGGGCUGACGGCAAUGUCGCGCACGGCCUCCUACGCCUUCACCGCAGAUGAGCGAUACAAAGACGCUCUGUAUACUGGAAGCUGGCUGGCAGGACGGGUUCAUGGGAGAGGAACCAUGAAGUGGCCAGAUGGACGGAUGUACAAGGGAAACUUUAAGAAUGGGUUGGAGGAUGGUUAUGGAGAAUAUUUGAUGCCCAACAAAGAGUUGAACAAGACGGACAGCUACCAGGGACAGUGGAGAGACGGGAAGAUCCAUGGAUUUGGCAAGUACAAGUACGCCAGCGGUGAGGUGUACGAGGGCUGUUUCUGCGACGGGCAGCGCCAUGGUUACGGCAUGCUGAGCUCUGGUAAACUGGGCCGGGCUUCCUCCAGCAUCUUCAUCGGCCACUGGGUUCAUGACAAGAAGACGGGAUAUGGAGUCUACGACGACAUCACCAGAGGGGAGAAGUACAUGGGGCAGUGGCUGGACGACCAGCGGCACGGCAGCGGCGCCGUCGUCACUCAGUACGGUGUGUACUAUGAGGGGAUAUUCAAAGAAAACAAGAUGAAUGGUCCGGGCUUGUUGGUGUCGGAGGAUGACACAGUUUUUCAUGGCGAGUUUUCUGACGACUGGACUGUCAACGGAAAGGGGGUUUUGACGCUGGUGAACGGUGACAGCCUGGACGGCGUGUUCAGCGGAGAGUGGAGCUCGGGCCUGAAGGUGGUGGGAACGUACACCAAACCAGCGUUUGAUGGAUGUGAAAGCAAAGAGAGAAACAUACUGCAGUUGGGUCAGUACGUGGUUGCUGCGGCUCAGAGGUGGAUCUGCGUGUUCGAUGAGUGCUGGAGUCGACUGGGCUGCGAUGCCGCCGGGAGAGGGGAGAGGACCACAGCCUGGGAGAACAUCGCUGUUACCAUAACAACAGCGCGACGACAGAGUCCAGACCUCAGCAAGUCUCACAGCAAAGUUCUGGAGAGUUUGGAGUUUAUUCCUCAGUAUCACGAACCCGUCACCACUGAAAACUACGACAACGUCAGAAGAUACCUCACUAAGGCGUGCGAGACUCCUCACCACCCUCUCGGGUGGCUGGUGGAAACGCUGGUGACGGCCUACAGGAUGACUUACGUUGGUGUGGGAUCAAACCGCAGGCUCCUCCGGCAGGCUGUCCAGGAGCUGCUGGCCUACCUCACACACUUCUACAGCAUCGUCAGGUUUCUGUUUCCAGGGUUACCAGAGGAUGGAAACGUCAUCCCAGCACCAGCUGCCUCUAAUAGUAGACGCAACUCUGACAGAACAGAGCAAUGUGUUGUGGUGGUGAGCUGCUCCUCCCUGCUGCUCCCUCUGCUGCUCCCGCGGCUCUACCCCCCGCUCUUCACCCUGUACUGUCUGGAGGAGGAGCAGGAGGAGGCCGACUACUGGGAUCGCAUCCUCCGACUCAACAAGCAGCCCGACCAGUCUCUGCUCAGCUUCCUGGGAGUGCAGGAGAAGUUCUGGCCUCACUGGAUGUCAAUUCUGGGCGAGAAAAAGCAGAUCGUGUCCAGCAGCAAGGACGCCUGCUUCAUUUCUGCCGUGGAGACUCUCCAACAGAUCAGCACCACAUUCACUCCAUCAGACAAACUUGUGGUCAUUCAGAAGACGUUCGAGGAGCUGACGCUGGAGGUGAAGCCUCUGCUGAACGGUGACUUCCUGUGGUGCAUGGAUGACCUGUUCCCUCUCUUCCUGUACGUGGUGCUCAGAGCCAGGAUCAGGAAUCUGGGAGCUGAGGUCUGUCUGAUAGAAGACUUGAUGGAUCCCAACAUUCAGCACGGAGAGAUGGGAAUGAUGUUCACAACACUGAAGGCCUGCUACAUCCAGAUCCAGCAGGAGUCCACCACGUAGGAGCAGACGGGUCCCAGGAAGUAGCUGUGGAAACAGAAACCUGUGGAUUCCCUGGUGUUGAACUGGUGGAAGAUGCAGCGAGGCUGCACUGACACCGAGCAGGAGGAGGGAGAGCACUUCCUUCAUCUGCUGUUGCAGACGGGAUCAGGAGGUUUGACACGUCUCUCCUGGUUUGUUGUUACACCCGUCUCUGCUCCCGUCAGGUCAACUUAUCGCCCUCUUGUGGACAAGUUGGGGGAGCUAAUUUAUCAUGUUUGUACAUGUGUUAUAUGUGAGUUGGGAUUGUUAAUAUGCAUCAAAAGUAUUUAAUUCCUAUUUUCUCAGAGGUGUAACAGUCAUUUUCAUGACUUUAAAGUGUUUUUUAUGUCCUAGUGUUUUUCUGUAGAGUAAUUCGUCAGGCUCUACCGAGUGGUGUAACGUAGAUGUAAUUAACACAUGUUCCUCGUUCAUCUGCUUUCAAUGAAAACUUGUGAACAUUUCAGGCAAAGAGAAACCACUGCAUCACUGACAAAGUCUGACACUUGACCGCAUUUAAAGGGAAAUCAAGGCACUAAUCACUAAAAUAUUAAAUAUGAUUAUUUUAUUUAACAUCCAAGCACUCCUCAAAGGGAACUUUUUAAGGCCUACAAGCUGCACAUAUUGUUAAAAACAGCAAAACUAACCAGGUCAUAUAACCACAAACCUUUUCUUGAGAGUUGAUUAUAAUAUAUAACUGUAAGCUGAACAAACUAAGUGUGUGCUACUGUUGAUAGGAGGACUCUUCUAUACAGAGACAGCUGUGGAAAAUGAAAAGGGAUCAAUCCUUUAUACUUCUUACAGUUUGUUAUUCAGAGUAUAUUUGUGCAGAUAUUAUGUCUAUGCCUGUUUAGAAAUCAGAAAUGUCCUCACACCCUGCAGUUUUUGAGCGCAACCAUUGGAUGGACGUAGUUUGUCCAAAAGAGACACUAAGAUAUUGUAAUCCAACAGUGGAGCUGAUCUCAGGUUUGGACCUCUGAUAUUCAGAACCAGUAACGCGAGAGAAACAACUCUGUUUGAAUAAAAUAAUGAGUGAAUAGUGAUCAGGUCAUCUCUAGAAGGAAAAAUGAAUUUAUCUGAUUGUAUUUCAUAGUUAUGUGUGAGAAAAAGCAUGUUGAACAUGUGAAAACAGGAGCACAUAAGUGUUUAAGCAUUUUAGCAUCUUAAAGAGACUCGAACAAAAAAUAUAUAUAUUUUCAGAAUAAAAAUAUUCAAGAACAUGUAAAAGAAAUGUUACCCUAAAAACUUUGUGGACUGUUGUACAUACCCAAAAACAUGUUCAAGUUUCAUGACUGCCAGUGACUAGAGACCAGCGGCUAAACGCUUCAAAUCCGUUGCUGGUUGAAAAGCUGAGACUCUUCAGAUGCUGCAGAUUUAAGGAUGACGUCUGUGACAGUCAGUAAAUAUUAUAAAUGAUACAUUUUCACAUCCAGCUAUUAAGUGGUCUUAGGUGUCUGACUACAACUGCCACUAUUUCAUUUAAAAAAAUAAAACAAAAUAGCUUUUAAAGUAUUUUUCUAACUGAUUUUAUUCAUGAUUAGAAUAUAAUUUGAUACAGACUGAUAUUUUAAAUUAUUCCCAUCAUGUCCCUCAAACUCCCAGACUUUUAUUGAAUCUGCAGUAGCGGAGCUUGAGUGGACCAGAGACAACUGAGAAUCACUGAAACUUGUUUGUUGGUUUCAUCAGAACCAAAGCAGUGUGAUAUCAU